AUGGCACCUACCUCCGCUGCUGACCCCCACCAACUCGGUCUCACCGGGAACUGCACCCAAUUGCCUCCCCCUGAACCCAACCCCACCUCCAACAGCAGAGUCAGGAACUGCAUCGUACAAAACUCACCUUUCGCCUCUCAAACCGUCGGCAUGAACACAGUACCACAAGAAAACUUACCCGUUUUACCCAGGAACGUGUAUCUUUCUCGACGCGCUGAUUGGCUGCUCGCGCCGAUUGCUCGCGGCCCCCGCGAUGCCUCUUUUCCGCUUUGGGAAGCAAAUGGCGGUGCUUGGGAUAAGGGCACGUGGGUUGCGGGAAAGGGUCUGGGUGUUUGGGAGAUGCGGGAUCUAGUGUUUGGUGAGGACGGUUUGCACACCGCUACUGCACAGGCACGGGAUCUGGGAAUGUCACAGCUGCUUUUGUGGCGUUCUGGUGGGCUUAUUGGAUUUUUGCGGGUGUACUAG